AUCAUUCAAUCAUAUAAAAAAUAGCAAACUUAUUAUCAAGUCAUAUAAUAUAUUUAUAUAUUCAAGUUAAAAAAUUAUCUUGUAGACAAACUAGAAGAAAAGAUGCCUGCUCCCUUAGUAGAAAUUAAUGAAAAUUGCUCAAUAGAAGGAGGAAAGGUGUUCAAUAAGGAUUUGAAGAAGAGUGUUGAGUGUUUCCUGGGAAUAAGAUAUGGUACAGCUAAAAGAUUUGAAAGGCCUGAUAUGACUGAACUUUGGACAGGAAAGCUAAAUGGUACAGUAAAAGGAAAGGUCUGCCCUCAAAAAUUCAAGGUCUUUCGGCAAAAUUUUUUACCUUUGCCUCUACCUGACACCGAAGCCGACGCUAGCGAAGACUGUUUAUUCAUAAAUAUAUGGAGACCUACAAAAGUUAGAAAGGAAGAUAACCUACCAGUCGUCGUCUUCUUAUGUUGUGCUAAUUUUAAGCAUGGCUCGGCUAAUGUUUACACAGGAGAGACUUUUUGUGCUGUUAACAGGGUAAUUCUAGUUACUGUGUCCUACAGACUGGGAAUAUUCGGAUGGGCUUCGUCGGAAGAUAGAGUUUUAGAAGGAAAUUACGCGUUUCUCGAUCAGAUUUGUGCAUUGAAAUGGGUUCAAAAGUAUAUUCAUCAUUUCGGCGGUGACAAAAACAAUGUCACUCUUCAAGGUUCUAGCUCAGGAGGGAUAAUGGUAUCGGCUCAUAUAGUCUCCAAAAAGUCGCAAGGCCUUUUUCACAAGGCAAUCUGCGAAAGUGGUAAUAUCUUAGGUCAAACAUCAAAACCUGAAACACUAAAAUUCAAUUCUGAACUAUUCUAUGAAUCUGCAAAAUAUCACGGCUAUAAAGGCAGUAGAAAAGGAGAAGAAUUUAAAAAGUAUCUAUGCAGUAUAGAAGCUGAGAAGCUAUGUGACUUUCUUCACCCGAAUAUAAUGUUAGCGCCUGUUCUAGAUGGGUAUUUCAUAGAAAAAUGUCCAAUUGAAGUUUACAAAAAUAACGAACACAAUAAGGUUCCAUUAAUUAUAGGCAUAUCAAGCGAUGAAGGGUACACGUUUGUUCAUCAAUACUUGACCAAACAUACAGACUUUACAGUUAAAGAUGAAGAGCAUUAUGAUCUUUUACUGGAAAAAAUGCUAAGGAUGAAAGCCUAUAAAUAUGCAGGAGAAGCAACUGGAUUCGAAAUUAUUGAUAAAGUGAAAGAGUUUUAUAAGACAACGGAUAAAAGUUCAGACAAAUUGUUAAAAUUAGUUAGUCAGAUUGAAUCCGAUGUACUUUCUAUGACUCCGAUUAUGCAACAAGUCGAACUUCAUGCGAAGAGUAGUAAUGUGUACAUAUAUGAAAUUCAUUAUCGACCCUCUUUCCUCACUGGACCGGAAUGGGUAAAAAUGCCUCAUGGUAACGAAGUUGCCUACGUUUUUGGCGAUCCUUUUACAAAAAGAUACCCACUGAAUUGGCAAGAAUCCGAUAGAAAAAUCAGUAUGACUCUUAUGAAAACCUUUGGGGAUUUUAUUAUAAAUCCGCGGCCAUCUAACUGGAAUCCAUACGUCAAUAUGAACAAAAUGAAUGUUAAAAUCUUCCAAGAUGAUUCCAGCAUCCUAAGACCAGUUUUUAAGAAGGAUAUUGUGAGAUUUUGGUCGGAGGAAAUACCGAAAAUUUUAGCGAGAGAUGAAGACCCAUAUGAUGAUGAAACGUUCGAUAUUGGCUCAUUCCUUCUCAUAUGGAUUAUGGCAUAUGGCUCAAAACUAUCAUAAAUGAAAAAGCUUAUGUAUUUUAAUUAUUCUAUAGAUAGCAUUUUUGUUAAGCCUAUACUUAGGUGUAAUAUAAUAAACAGUAAUUCUUUU